AUGUUCAUUGUACUGAAUAUAUUAUUUUUUCUUUCAUAUUCUUUCUUUCUUGUUCUUUCUUUCUUACUUUCUUUCUUUCUUUCUAUCUUUCUUUCUUUCUUUUCCUUUCAUCUCUUUUGUUUGUUUGUUAGUUUGUUUGUUAGUUUGUUUGUUUGUUUGUUUCUUUCUUUCUUUCUUUCUUUCUCCUGCCUUUUCUUUUCUUUCUUUCUUUCUUUCUUUCUUUCUUUCUUUCUUUCUUUCUUGUUCUUUCAUUCUUACUCUUGUUAUUCUUAUUUUCUUCUAAUUUAUUUUUUCUGUCUUUCAUUUUUAUUACAUUGUCUUUUUCUCUAUUUUUAUUUGCCUGUUCUUUCUUUUUUCUUUCUUUCUUUCUUUCUUUCUUUCUUUCUUUCUAAUUCGCUUGUUAUUUUUCUCUCUCUCUCUGUUUUUAUUUCCUUGUCCUUUCUUUCGUAUUUCCUUUCUUUUUUUCCUUUUCUUUGGUUGUUUCUUUCUUUCUAUAUUAUAUUUUCUUUCUUUCUUUUCCUUUCAACUCUUUUCUUUCUUUCUUUCUUUUUGCAAAAAAGCCUGUCGAGAGAAUAA